GAUAAUGGUGAUCAUAAUAUGUGUGUGGAAGCAUCUCACAAAGUAUUUCCGGAGUGGCAGUCUCUCCAGGCCUCAAAGGUCAAGUCACUCCAUAGAACCGCUUUUCACUUUCAACCUCCAAAGAACUGGAUUAACGACCCAAAUGCACCUAUGUAUUACAAUGGCAUCUACCAUCUGUUCUAUCAGUACAACCCCUACGGCUCUACCUGGGGCAACAUUGUAUGGGCCCAUUCCAUAUCAACUGAUAUGAUCAACUGGACCCCACUUGACCCAGCCAUUUACCCUUCCAAGCCAUUUGAUGUGAAUGGAACCUGGUCAGGAUCAGCAACAAUCCUCCCUGGAAACAAACCUGUCAUCGUCUACACUGGAGUUGAUGGCCAAAACAGGCAGGUCCAGAACAUCGCAUUUCCAAAGAACCUCUCUGAUCCAUUCCUUAGGGAGUGGGUAAAGCCUGAUUACAACCCAGUGAUUGUGGCCGACAAUGGCAUUAAUGCGAGCCAGUUUCGUGACCCGACAACGGCAUGGUUAGGCCAAGAUGGACAUUGGAGGUUCUUGGUAGGCACAAGGAGAAAACACAGGGGAAUGGUUCUGUUGUAUAAGAGUAAAGACUUUAAGUAUUGGUGGAAGGUGCAGCACCCUUUGCACUCAGCAGCUGGAACUGGUAUGUGGGAAUGUCCAGAUUUCUAUCCAGUUGCUUUGGAAGGAGAGUUUGGGUUGGAGACAUCUGUGAAUGAUUAUGGUGUGAAAUUUGUAUUGAAGGUGAGCCUUGAUUUAACCAGGUAUGAGUACUACACAGUGGGCAGAUAUUUCGAGGAUCAAAACCGGUAUGUGCCUGAUAUCACAUCUGUUGAUAAUGGAAUGGGGCUGAGAUAUGAUUAUGGCAAUUUCUAUGCAUCAAAGACUUUCUUUGAUUAUGGCAAGAGCAGAAGAAUCUUGUGGGGAUGGGCAAAUGAAUCCGAUACCGCGGACAAUGAUGUUUCCAAAGGAUGGGCUGGUAUUCAGACAAUUCCAAGGAAAGUGUGGCUUGAUAAAUCUGGUAAACAAUUGUUGCAAUGGCCGAUCAAGGAAAUCAAUUCUCUGCGAGGAUCAGAUGUUCAUUUGAGAAGUGUAGUUCUUGCAAAGGGAGGCCUUGUCGAAGUUCGACCAAUCACAGCAGCACAGGCUGAUGUUGAGGUUACCUUCCUCAUACCUAAUUUACACAAGGCUCAGGCCUUUGAUCCUAGUUGGGUAGAUCCCCAACAGCUCUGUGGCCAAAUGGGAGCUAGUGUUCAAGGUGGGAUUGGACCUUUUGGGCUUCUAACAUUGGCUUCCAAAAAUCUAGAGGAGUACACAUCAGUUUUCUUCAGAGUUUUCAGAGGCAUAUACAAGAAGCAUGUGGUGCUUAUGUGCUCUGACCAAAGCAGGUCAUCACUUAGGCCGGAGGUUUAUAAACCAUCCUUUGGAGGUUUUGUGGAUUUGGAUUUGACUGACGGGGUGAUAUCUCUAAGGAGCUUGAUUGAUCAUUCUGCCGUAGAAAGUUUUGGCGCCGGAGGGAAGACAUGCAUUACAUCUCGAGUUUAUCCAACUCUAGCAACAAAUGAGGAUGCACACUUGUUUGCCUUCAACAAUGGGACUGAAGCUGUAACAAUCUUGAAGCUGAGCGCAUGGAACAUGAACAAACCUCGGAUUAACUAAUUAAUAAGAGCUUUGGAUAGACUAGUUAGGCUAUUUAGAUGCUAGAAAUAAGGCAAGCUAAAGACAUGAAUGUGAUGACUAGAUCUAUGCUGUAGCAGUUUAACUAGAUUUCAAAACAUUGAGUAGAA